AUGUAUGAGGGAGAAAUGAUACCGACAAGAAAUGAUGACGAUGAACCAGAUGUAAUUGAUUUAACAACCUGUCCUGGUUAUUAUGGAUAUCUUGAUUGUCCUAUUCGACCACCAACACCAUUUGCUGAUAAUUCAAUAUGGCCUCCAAUCGUAUCAGGAUAUAAGGAUACUAAUGGAGUUAUUACUUGGCCAUCAUCUGAACAACAAUCAAGUCUGGAUUAUAAGACAGAUAAUAACGAGAAAAUUGUUCUCUCGUCAUCUCAUGCAUCAUCACCAUCAUCACGACGCACACAUAAUACAUGGCGACGAAAACUAAGUAACUUUUUAAAACGAACAAAAUCAAAUGAACAUCGAACAGUUAUCUCUUCAACAAAUACUGAUGAAAUACAACCAUAUAAUUUUGAUAGUAAUGAAAUAACUCAAACAAAUUCAUCAAUAUCACGUAAUAGUGGUAAACGAGUACAUUGGAUUGAUGAUGAUGAAAUUAUAUUAAAUUUAUCUCAUCGUUUUAUUGAAUAUUUAAAAUUAUUCGUACAAAAUAUAAUUGAUAAUAAUAAUAAUAAUAAUGAAGAUAAAUAUUUAAUAAAUUGUCAAAUAUCAUUAGAUGAACUUGAUUCAUUAAUUGAUUGUCAACAAAUUAAAGAAGCAUUUGAAGAUAUAAUUGAAUUAACUAAAACACGAAACAAAAAUCUAUUACUUGAACAACAAACAUAUAUUGAAAAUUUACUUUCUCGUACUGUUCAUUUGUCUUCUACUUAA